CGAUUUUUAAUAAUUGGAGCGAAGGAUCACAAUCGUAGAUCGGAUCACAAUCGUAGAUCGGAGCAACCGCCAGCCGCACGGCCACACUAUAGUGAGGGCACUGUUCGCAGAGAUAGAAACAUACCGUACGGUAGCCAGCAUGAUGAGUGUAGACCCAAUAGUAUCCGAUCAGCAUCCCCAGAAUGGCUCUGAUGGCCAAGCAGUGUCGUCAGUUGAGGCAGCAGUGCAGAAUCAGCAACUAUGCGAGCCCCUGCUGUCAGAGCAAGAUGGUAAUGCACCAGAAGAUGAUCAGCUACCACAGGUACCGCCACCGAGCUUCCGAGGUCUGCUCUUUUAUCGCAUCUUGUACUUCCUGAGUGGCCUAUCUUCCUCUUCAUGGGGUCGUUUUGGAAUCAUCUAUUAUAACCGAAUCAAGCACCUGAGUGCUGGUCAAAUUGGAGUCCUACAGGGUGUGGCACCUGUCCUCAGACUGGUUUUCCAACCAGUUUGGGGAUACAUUGCCGACUACAUGCAGUCUCGAAAAACUGUCUUUGUCAUUUGCAAAACUUGCUGUACUGUGUUUCUCUUGUCUCUACCACUCUGGAAGGGAUUCUGGCCCAUUCUGUGUUGUGUGGCUGCCAUUUCCUGUUUUAAUUCCGGUGGCGUCCUGGAUGCACAUACAUUGGACUUUUUGGGAGAGGCCCAUCGUGGCAUGUAUGGCAGCAUUCGAUUGUGGACAGCAGUCAGUUGGGGAUUGGGUGCUGUUGUAAUGGGAUGGAUCACUGAUCACUUGGGAUUCCAUUGGAACUUUGUUCUCUUUGGCACAAUGAUGCUGCUGAUGCUUGCUGCCAUUAUUUUUGGAUUGCCCACCAGAUCCAAAUCAGAGCAACAGCUCUACGAUCGGCUUAACAACAACAAUCAACAGGAGCAAACAGAGGAAGAAGGCAAUAGAAUUGUUCAUUCAUCUUCCAAUCAUCCUCCUAUUUCUGAGUUACGGAGGGCUAUUCUACGCUUGCCAGUUUGUUUGUGGCUCGCUGAGGUAGCUAUAAUUGGGGCUGGUAUGAUGAUUGUGGAUUCUUUCCUCUUUGUAUUCCUACAAAAUGAACUUGAGGCAUCCACAGAGCUAUGUGGGUACACAGUGGGAGUGACUGUUCUACUCGAACUUCCCAUUUUCCACUUUAGUGACUAUUUGCUAUCCAAGCUGGGGCAUGACGUUCUCUUCCUCCUGUCCAUGCUAGCCUACUCCACUCGCGUCAUUGGGUAUACAUUCCUAACACCCUCAACAUCACAAUGGGUACUGGUUUUGGAAUUUUCUCAUGGCAUUACCUUUGCCUGCAUGUGGAUUUCCUCCAUUGACUACGCAGCAGUUGUGGCUCCAAAAGAAUGGUCUACCACAGUGCAGACGCUCCUUUCCACAGCAUUGUCCUGUGUGGGCGGUGGUCUGGGACCUGUGUUUGCAGGCUUGGUCAUGGACCGAUUUGGACCCUAUGUGAUGUUUUGGAGCAUUGGAGUGGUAGUGGCAGCUCUGUUUGUCUUACAUGCCUUUGUCUAUGCGAUAUUGGGACAUGGGCAUGACAGAUUUCUGGAGCAAGUCAAAGCAGAGCGGUUGUCAGUGGCAGAACAGCAGGGCAGAACUGGCAACAUUGACAAUGACAAUUAGCCAGCUAGAGCUUUAAGAUAGCUUUCUGCAACAUACCUAGACUACCUCCAGAAAGCAGACAGUGGAAGACGGAUGAAUUCAAAGAAAAAGCAAACCAUCCGUCCAUUGCCCACACCGCCAGUUUGGGAUACUAAAUACAGUGUUUAACUAAAGCCAAACCGUACAGGAUUUGUACCGUCCGUACCUAACGGCUCUGGAGUAGCUCAAAUACAAGCUCAAUAUUGCUUCUUCCC